AUCGAUAUCUGCAUCGAUCUGCCCACCCUUGUCUCCUGGAUCGUAGCUGAGAUCAGCGUGAACCACGUGGGUCUCUGCUCCCUGAUCUGUUUCCUGUGUUUGGAAAGAGUUGCAGCUUCAUCGCGGAGUUUCUCUCGGUUUGUGGGCUCAUCUAAAGCUGAUCAGCAGGAGGAGAAGAGUCUGACGGAGCAGCAGAGGAACAUUUUCAGCCAUCUGGACUCAGCUGAGUCACUACAGAGGAAACAAUGAGCUCAACACAGGAGGACCAACAUGGAGCGAGAAGUCAGCGCUCUCAGGAGGCCGACAAACCUCAAAGAAGAAAGGGAGAGAAAACACACACCUGUGACAAGUGUGGGAUGGGUUUUGCUGUGAAGGGUUCACUAAAACGUCAUCAGGUCAUCCACACUGGAGAGAGACAAUUCAGCUGUGAGUUGUGUGGAAAGACUUUUUCUUGGAAGGAUGUCCUAAAAAAACACCAACUCAUCCACAGUGGAGUUAAAGCGUACAGCUGUGAUCAGUGUGGCAGAGCUUUUACUCAAAGUAGCCACUUACAGAAGCAUCUAGUUACCCACUCUGGAAUUAAGGCAUACAGCUGUGACAUUUGUGGAAAAACUUUUCGCCACAUAGACAGCCGGAAUACACACCUACGCAUUCACACCAGACAUGUUGUGUACUGCUGUGAUCAGUGUGAUAAACAGUUUAUAACAGGCACAGAUUUACAACAGCACAUGUUUACCCACACUGAGGAGAGACCUUAUCAAUGUGACCUGUGUGAGAAGACUUUUAAAUCUCCACGUUACCUGAGACGACACCAACAGAUCCACACCAGAAAGAGACUCUACAAGUGCAGCUACUGUGAGAAGCAGAGCGACACAGAUGGAUCCAGUUCUCAACCCUGUCAUCACUGUGGUGGUGGGGAAGAGUUUCGUUGUGAUCUUUGUGGAAUAACUUUCAGUCGAAAACACACCCUAAAAGUACAUCAACGUAGACACACUGGAGACAAACUGAAAUACUGCAAAGAAUGUGGGAGAAGCUUCACCACAUCAGGUAGAUUAAAACAACAUGAACUCAUUCACAGUGGGGUUAAAAAGCACCUCUGUGAACAAUGUGGGUCAUCCUUCACCACUGCAGUCAACCUUAAAAGACAUGAACGAGUCCACACAGGAGAGAAACCAUACAAGUGCAGACACUGUGACAAAAGCUUUUUACAAUCAGGUAAUCGUAACAAUCAUGAACGUACACACGUGGAAGGAAACUACAGCUGUGACAAGUGUGACAAGAGCUUCAGGAAUCUCAGUUCAUACUCCAAACACAAACGAUCCCACGUUACUAAUAAACUGUUUCACUGUUACCAAUGUGCCCAAACAUUCACUUCAUUGUCUGCUCUGUGCAAACAUCAGCGUGAUCACUCAGGACUGAAAUCACUCCCAUCACUGGAUCACAGUGAAUCUGAAGAGACAGAAAGAUCCUCUUCCGGUUUCAGGGUCAGACUUAAAACCCUUGAGAUCAGGCUCCACAGAGUUCAGGUGUGAAUGAACAUGUUCGUCUUGUGUACUGAGAAAAAUUAAACAGGUGAUGAGUAGAUAAACAUGUUAAACUGUGUUAUAGACAGGGAUGCACCUAGCUGCUAUUCAGGUGUGCAUGUGUGACAAAAAUUAUGAAUGCGUAGUGACACUUAUGUUACCAAGCGCCCUUGCGUACUUGACCAUCUCAUUCAACCUGACAGGUGUUCCUACAGCUUCGGAGCCAGAGCUCAAGAAAAAACUUCUUUCGAAAAGGUGGCUCCAAAGUGCCGUGGCUUGAAGCUAACAAUGAGUGCACUGAAAUGUGGUGCAAGUCAUUGCUAAUAAACAAGCUAGCUGAGAAGAAAUGUCCACAUUUAUAUUCUGAGGAUAUUAUUAUUGUGUUGGCUAGGAGUAAAUGUCAGACGUGCAUAUCAUUCACUUGAAGGCGGCACAGAUCGUGCAGAGCAUCACACCAUCAGCGGGGAGUUAGGAGCCAAAUUGCAGUCUGCCGAAUUUUGGGGGAUGCUUUCCGAUGGAUCUGUGGACAUCAUUUACAUUGUGUCUGUGUCCAGCAACGGAGAGUUUACCUCUGACUCUCUUGGACUGAUUGAACUGGGUGCUGACCGCACCGCACAGGGAUGGACUUCUGAGACUUCUUGAGGACACAGGCUUGGAUGACUGGACAACAACGUUGGUCGCUGCGUGCACAAACGAGGCUGCUGUCAACGUGGGUAUGUCCAAUGCGUUGUGCCAAAACUCCGGCAACUUGAUACAGUGGAAGACUUGAAAAAUAAAAAAAUAAAGCUUUUUGUUUGCUAUCGACAUUAGUUUACUAUCCGCCCUGUUGAGGUAUCAGACGGUCCAUCUCACUGUGUUCCUGCGAGUGUUUAAAGCUUCCAGCCUUCUGAAGAUAAACCAGUCCUUCAGCAUUAGGGGCAUAGUGUCUUAUAACGACCAUAUAAAUCCUCAGAUACAGUGGUGUAAAGUUUUAGGUAUUUGUGCCACAUCCCAAGCCAUUUGCAUUUCAUGUGAUAGGUUUUUUUGUUUUUUUUAAGAGGUAGUCCGAUUUCAGUUCAGAACUUAUUUUGUUACUGUUGGGUUCAUCAACACAGUUUGCACUCCUGGAGGU